UCUUCGUACUGACAUUGUGAUGGAUGUUGGAAGGAGUCUGAAUCCUGCAGUUGAUAUUGGUCAGAUUGAAGGAGCUUUCACACAGGGAUACGGGUUGUUUUGUUUGGAGCAUUAUAAAAUCAACCCAGAAGGAGUUCUUCUGACACAAGGUCCGAGUACUUACAAAAUUCCAUCAUUCAGGAAUGUUCCCGUGGAGAUGAACGUUCAUCUUCUGAAAGGAAGUCGCAACGAUGAAGCCAUUUUCUCUUCUAAGGGAGUUGGUGAACCUCCACUGUUCUUGGGGUCGUCAGUCUUCUUCGCCAUCAAAGAUGCCAUAUCGUCUGCCCGUGCUGAUGAGGGCAUCACUGGUUACUUCAGGAUCGACAGUCCAGCUACACCAGACAAAAUCAGAAUGGCAUGUCAAGACAGGUUUACCAAACAGUUUCCAGUCAAAGAGAGGGGUUCUGAAACGCCAUGGUUUGUGGAUCUGUAAACUCUCGGUGGUUGCAUUGGAGAAUUCAAUUAAGGGAAGGAACAAACUGGUUUGAUGGAACGGAACGAAUAAACAACUUGUAACAAUGUGAAUCCACCAGGCGUUGUUUUAUUUUUGGACAACCAUCCCGAGGUUACAUACACACAAUUGUAUAUGUGUAUAUAAACGAGUAUAUGGUUCAGACAAGCAAAUAUUGUAAAAAGUACAGUGGGCAAAGAAUAAAAUCUGAUUUGAUUUUAA